AUCAGCUCCCAACUCUCAAUUCGUCCAUUUCUACAUAAAGCAGCUCAGCCGGAUGCCCCGAGAUUUCAGUUACAAGCCAUUGGAAGAAGAAGAAGAAGAAGAAGCUGAAAAGAAACGCAGAGAAAGCAGAUUAAUUCCCUCCCCGUUUCUACGCUUUAGGAUGGAGAUCGAGAAGAAGAAUCCAGAUUUGAAGCGCUUAGGUUUCGUGAGGAUUGCUGCUAUUCAGGCUCUGGUGUGCGUUUCGAAUCUAUAUGAUUACGCGAAGCAGAACUUGGGGCCAUUGAGAUCUACGGUUGGGACCGUCGAGAGUGCUGUAACCACCGUUGUGAGCCCAGUCUACCGGAAAUUCAAGGACUUGCCCGAUGAGCUUCUUUUAUAUCUUGAUAAUAAGGUAGACGAAGGUACAAGAAAGUUUGAUAAGAAUGCUCCACCUGUGGCUAAGCAAGCUGUGAGUCAGGCCCAUAGCUGGUUACAGAUAGCAUCAGAGAAAGCUCAAGAACUUGUGAAUGAGGCUCGCGUUGGAGGGCCGCGUGCUGCUGUGCGUUAUGCAACUUCAGAGUUCAAGCGCUUGGCCCUCACCCAAUCCGUAAAGGCAUGGAUCAAACUCAAUGAGUUCCCUGUGGUUCACACAGUUGCAGACAUGGCCGUUCCCACAGCUGCACACUGGUCGGAGAAGUACAAUCAUCUCGUCAAGGGCAUGGCCGAGAAGGGUUAUACAGUUUUUGGUUAUGUGCCACUGGUUCCAAUUGAUGAUAUAGCCAAGGCAUAUAAGCAAGGUAAAGCAGAGAAGAAAGCGAAUGAAACUGCACAUAAGUCUGAUUCCUCGGAUUCGGAUUAGAAGGUUGCUUCGUAGUCUUUAAUAGGUUUGGUUAAUCUAGCAGUCGCAGAAUGUUUGGGACUUCUUAAUGGGGUUGUGGAUGUGAAUGAUUAGUAAAAUACUUUCUUGCGCUUUUUCUCGGACAAAAAUUGUGUUUCUACUUCGUAAUCGGACUGGCCUAAUUGAUGCAAGCUCCUUUUUAACA